UCCGCUCUCGUCACAAUAUUGGGGUUUUCAGACCAAAACAACGCCCGGGUGCUUCGUGGAGCCUCGUCUUUGUAUCGACUGGCAACCGGAAUAUGAGCGGAAUCGUUUUCGCGUACCGGUUUUGCUUGAGCGCGGCAUCGGAGCUGUCCGGUUUGUGUUUGAGGGACUGUGUUUUUCUUGUUGCCCAGGCCUGCUGCCUGCACCGGAGCGGCGGGGUGAGGAGCGGGCUGUAGGACCCUCGGAGGUGGGAGUGUAGAUUUGGCCGGGGGUUACUAAAAAAGAGGAAGGGAGCCGAUAGAGCCCGGGAAAUACUCCCAUAGCACGGCCGUUAAUGGCAAUGUGUACCCGGUUGAAGAAGUGGGCGAGAAAAUGUUGCGUCUGGCUCUCAAGUUGAUGCUUAUGCUAGUUAGCGCUAGCCAACGCUCGCGAAAACUUACCCUAGCAUUAGCAUAAAAACAUAACUGAUUAAUUGUCGUUUUGCAACACUUGGGUCGCGGUUGAUGUGAUAUUUGCCACCCGGUCGUGAACCCGACUCGAGUUUUGCUCAGUUUGAACGCCGUCCCGGCGUAAAAUGCACAGCUUCUUUGCCUUCUGUCUCUGCGUGUUAGCCCGUGCUAGCCGCGGGAUGCUAACUAAACUAGUGCUCUGUGACGUAACGCGCUCAUUGUUUUGACAGCGUCUUAGCCCUCAACGGAAACGUCACGCUAUCAUUUAUUUUGCAUAUUUUGCCAGAUUAUUUACGAUGUAGAAGUAAUACAGUCAAGGAUCAUUCGUCCUCACUCAGUUUGUGUUACCCAUGAGUAACCGCCGGUAGCAUGUUAUUAGCUGCGGCUGCGCGUCAGAUCAGUAUGACCGCCUAGCCCAGUGGUUCUUAACGUGGGUUCGAUCGAACCCUAGGGGUUCGGCGGAGGUCAAAACACAACGAACUCAUCGUGUAACUACAAACUUCUCCCUAUCCGCGUAUUACGGAUACGGCAACAGCUGACUGAUUUGCAGCUGUAGCAUGGAUCCAGACGGUGGGGCAGACACACAAAAAGCUGUCAGUUUGCAGUGGAACAGCUACAAACUCGUCCAGGAUCCAGCCAUUAGACGGGUCGCUCAGAAAAUCUACAGAUAUGAUGGAGUGCAUUUCAGUGUGCCCGACUCUGGAUUCCCCCCCGUGGGUGAUCUACGGGAUCCAAGACCAAGGAGGCUAUGGUCGAGGUAUACAGAAAUGGUCCUGCCAGUGCCAAAGUUUAAGCUGGACGAGUUCUACGUGGGCCCCAUUCCCCUCAAGGAGGUGACAUUCGCCAGGCUCAACGACAACAUCAAGCAGCCCUUCUUGGCCGAAAUGUGCGCUAAGUUCGGCGAAGUGGAGGAGAUGGAGAUCCUGUUCCACCCCAAGACCAGGAAGCACUUGGGCCUGGCCAGAGUGUUGUUCACGAGCACGCGGGGGGCCAAGGAUACGGUCAAGCAGCUGCACAACACCUCGGUCAUGGGCAACAUCAUUCACGCUCAGCUGGAUAUCAAAGGCCAGCAGAGGAAGAAGUAUUACGACCUGAUAGUGAACGGCUCCUACACGCCCCAGACUGUCCCUCUGGGGGGCAAGGCCUUAGUAGACUGCCUCACACCCCAGACCCCAACACACCAACAACUUGACACGACGUCUGAAAUCAGACGGAGGCUCUCCAGCGAGCUGGCCGUGUUGGCGGCGGGCGUCCAAGCUCUCACGUCAGGAAACGUUACCCCAGGCUCUGCGGACACUGGCUUCGGUGAGCCGCGUCUAGACACGCCUCCCUCCUCCGUACCAGGCACCUACACUUCUGCAUCCUCGACGUCCUCUCAGGGUGGAACUCCCUACAGCUCCCGGUCCGGCACGCCGUUCUCCCAGGAGUCUGGCUUUUCUGGGUCCAGGCACACAGGCUACAACUCUGGCACUUUGGGAGGCGGUUACCCCGCUCAGGACAUGCUUCCUUCCUCUUCCUCGUCCUCCGCCGUCUCCUCCACUGCAGGAGGGUACAAGGUGUCCCGCUACUCUGAGGACGUCCAUGAGCCCUCCGUGUACCACCGAGGUCGCCCCAUGUAUCCCCCCGCCGCCUCCUUCCGUCCCAACGAGCCACCGUGCUACCCGCCGUACCCUAAUGCGGGAGGACCCGGCCCCCACAUGACGCACCACUCCACAUUGCACCCGCCUCCCCUCGCCGCUCAGUAUGAUCCGCUCCUCGUGCCCGAGCGGGAUAGAGACUCUGGAGGGCGCUACGGGGCAGGGGCCGUCGUCUCCAGGCGGUCUUCUUACCAUCACCAGCAGGACACCAACUCCUCAUCCUCCUCCAAGUACCAUUCCCAUCACUCACACCACCAUUCGGAUCGCCGGGACGACCGGGGGUACCGACGAGACAGCACGGGGUCGCGCUCGGGAGAGCACGGUCACCAGAGGCACCGGAACCACCACCAUUCUCACAACCACCAUGGCAGCCGUAGGAAGAGCAGCCACGACCGGGACAGGGAUCGAGACCGGGACAGAGACCGCGAGAGAGAUGGCGACUACUCCAACAGCUCAGACCCCCGAUACAAUUCCAACUCAUACCGCUCCUCAUCUAAUAGUAUGUCCCCUCCUCCUUCAUCCUACUCCGCUUAUUCCACCUCCAAAGAGUCCGCCCCGGUCACUCCUCAGGAAUUGGACGUAUCUUCUCGUCUUGGAGGUUCCGGCCUCACAGAGAGAGGCCCUCCGCCUUCAGCAAGUGCUGAGAAGGACUACCACGCUGGUCACCAUGGUGCUCUGCCGCUACCGCCUCCCCCGCCGCCCCUGCCGCCAGCAUCGGUAAUUGCCGCCGCCGUGGCCGAAACGCUCGGAGCGUUGGAUUUCAACCAGGAUAGCCCACCCCGUGAAGAGCAGUGGUCAAAGCCUAAACGACGUCCCUGUACCCCACCUAUUCCGCCAAAAACCCCUCCGCCUUUGACUCCGCCCCCCUCCACUGCUUCGUCAUCGCCUUCUUCUUCCAACCUCCCCCCGCACCCUGCUGCCUCCGCCAGCCCAUCGUCAGCCCGCCAUCGGGGUUCUGCCUCCCCAGAACCAGACUCCACCAAUGAGAGCUUGCCUUUUGCAUACCACAGCAGUAGCCUGGACUCCCGUAUUGAAAUGCUCCUCAAAGAACAGAAGGCCAAGUUUUCCUUCCUCGCCUCCGAUGAGGAAGAUGAGGACGAGCGGAAAGAAGACAAACAGAGGGGCACGCGUGUGGAAGGUGGGGAGAAAAGAGGGCGGGCGGGUCAUGAUGCGGGGGAGAACGCAGGUGUCAAUCAGGCGAGGGACAACGGGGACAAGGGCAGAGGGGAGCGCGACCUCAGGAAACGAGGGAAGGGAAAAGAGGGUCGGAAAAGUCCCGCCGAACCGCCAGCCUCAACUUCAUCUUCUUCCAUGUACUCCCCUCACAUCCCAAUCCCAGAGGAGACCCCUUCCCAAGUCCGCCCCGCCGGGACAGAAGCUGUGCAGGAGAUGUCCCAGGAUGGGAAUGCAGACGCACGCUGCAGGACUGGAGCCCGCACGCCACCUUACAACGGCCAGACUCAGUCGUCCCCUCAUUCCUCGGGAGAGGACAUGGAGAUCUCCGAUGAGGAGGAGGAGGGGGAGGUGACCAUCACAACGGUGACCACCCACCAGCCCUCCAUGACCUCGUGUUCCUCACCAGCGUCAUCACAGGCGCCCAUGCCCUCGCAGACGACUGACACCUCGUCUUCGCCCCCGCCCGUCUCGGACUCUGCACAGCACUUUAGUACUUCCAUGCACCCACCCAUCCCCUCCUACCCCCCACACCUGCCUCCACCGCCUCCUCCGGGCUACUCGCUGCAGCCGCCCCCUCCUCCCGGAAUCCCGCCGCCUCACAUGGAGCUGCACCCUGAGUACCCGCCGCCCAUGCCCCCCCACAUGUAUGACUAUGCCAGCUCCAUGGAGCUGAUGAACCAGUACACAGGCGGCGCCCCCAUGUCCUUCCAGAUGCAGACGCACAUGUUGAGUCGCCUGCACCAGUUGCGCAUGUCGUCGUCCAACGGCACGCAAGGUCCAGGCGAGGCCGCCACGGGAGACUACGCCGCCUACCAUCUGCACUCUGUGCCGCCUCCGUCCCACCCCUACAUGGACCAAGAGGGGAGCGGUGCAACUGCUGGUCAUUAUAACCAGGACCCCCGCUACAUGCCGCCACACAUGCCCUACCCUUACACCGACCCGCACGGCGCGCAAAUACCACCGCCUCACCUUCCGCCUCACCACACCACUUGGCCGCCGCAUGUAUUAUCCGCCCACUACCCUUCCUACAUGCCUCUGCCCGCCUAUGGCACCAUGCCGCCCGGGGAGGGGGGUGAGUAUCAGACCCCCGGAGAGGAGAUACCCUUGCUGGAUGACAACCCUCACGAAUCCACAGUCCAGAUGGUGCUCGCCACUCUCAUCCAGGAGAUGAAGAACAUCAUGCAGAGGGACCUGAACCGCAAGAUGGUGGAGAACAUCGCCUUUGCCACCUUUGACGAGUGGUGGGACAGGAAGGAGACAAAAGCCAAGCCCUUCCAGACAAUGGCAGCUUUACGUGAUGACGAGAAGAAAGAGGAGAAGGUGAGCCGACCUCGCGAGCCUCUCACGUCUCUUGUGGACUGGGCGAAGAGCGGCGGCGUGGAGGGAUUCUCUCUGCGUGGAGCGCUAAGACUGCCCUCCUUCAAGGUGAAGAGGAAAGAGCCUCAGGAGCUCCACGAGGGAGACAUGAAGAGGCCGCGACCUUCCACCCCGCCAGACGAGGACGACGAAGCUGCUGAUGGAAGGACGCCAGACGCCGUCAGACACGGAGUUAGAAUGGACAACAAGAGGAGGAAAAAGAAGCCCAGAAAUCGCAAACCUUGGGAGCUGGACAGCGAGGGAGAGGAAACAUCAGAUGGCUCCUCCUCGGAAAAGGACGAUGAGGAAGUGGAGGCGAGUGGAAAGGAUUCUGAUGAUGACGCUCUCAGUGUAGACAGCGACGACGAGAGCCUUUCCUCGUCCUCAGAGGACUCGUCAUCAUCAGGAUCCUCAUCUUCGUCUUCCUCAGAGGAUGAAGAGGAAGGCGAGCGGCCCGACAGCGACGGCACUGACACCAUGGACGAGUCCACCAUGGACAGCACCACGGAAAAAGAUGUCCAAGAGACGGUCUCUCCAAAGGCAGCGGUGAAAACUGGUGAUGCCAAAGAAAGCAAAUUCGAUACAAAAACACCCUCCAUGCGACCGCCAUCACCGCCAUACCCCCGUCCUUCGUCCCCCGUCGUCCUUGUGCCCCCUCUCAAAAAACGCAGAAAGACUGUCUCCUUCUCCACCGAGGAGAACAGCAAAACACUGUCGUCAGCGCUGCCACUAUCUCCACCCCCGUCCCAAACGGCAGGCGAAACUCCAAUCCUGCUCUCACCCAGCAAACCCUCAGAGCCCCGCGCCGCUGCCGCACCUCCGACGCGUCCUGUUCAUGGUAUCCAGCUGCUUCCCUUUGCCUCCAAACCGGGCGAAGGCAACGCCCUCAUCGUGCCGCCAUGUGGAAGAACUCCAGAUUCCAAUGAGUCCAAAAGGACACCACUGUCACCUCAGGCCACCCCCACCAAGGUACCUAGCAAACGGGGCUCAGGCAAAGACUCCCCCAAAUCCUCCGUUCCUCCCGUCAUGGUAUGCCGCACUGUACAGAACCUCCCCUUGGACCACGCCUCCAUGUGCAGAAUGGCCUUCGAGGAGGCUCCACCUCCGUCUCCUGUCAACAAACGAGGCAAAGGAAAGUCCCGGACCACCAGCAUCACCUGUCACCCCCUCAAAGAAGAAGCCGAAGACGAGGACCACCAGAGGCUGAGACUGCGGGAGCAGCUAGGAGCGUCCAGCCUGCUUCAACUGGCCUCUGCCUCAACCGCCGACCUCUCGGUCUUGGCCGACGUCGCCCUGAAGAUGGACCCCGAGGCCGGAGACUCUGAGGAGACCGAGACAUCAGAUGAGGCAGAGGAGCAGAAGAUGGAGGGCGGUCUCUUCUCGGGGGAGGCGCUGUUGCGUGUCAUGAGCUUGGAGAGCGUGGUUGUGUUCAUGGAGCACAGCUAUUCCAAACCGCCUCUUUUUACGGGUGCACCAGCCCCCAAAAAGACCUCCUCCAAACUGGACUCGUCUGUGCUCGUCCCAGCAGACCUCAACACCAUCUCUGGGGUGUUGGAGGCGCCAGAGGAGGUCAUCGGCGAGGCGCUGGACGGUAGAGAAUAUUUGGGACUACUGUGUCCGACUGAUGAGUCGAGCCCCGCUCCAACCCCUUCAGCCAAGAAGUCGGCGGCAAGCAAAGCACUGGAACUUGAGAAGAGCAAAAAGAAGAGAAGUAAAGACAAGGACAAAGAGAACCAGGAAGUUAUUCCCACAAAACAGCAGGAGCAGCAGCCAAGCAAGAACCUGAAGAAGCGAAAACUAGAGGACUCAGACCUGGAGGAGGAGGUAGACGUGGAGGAACUUGAGUCUGGCGAGCUUUCGAGCACGGACUCAGAGGAAGAGGUGGGGGAGGAGGUGAGGAAGAGCGAGCGUCUCUUCCUGCAAGAGGCCAGGGUGACGUCGUCCAUACGCGCCCCGUCCCCCGAGCCUCCGCCGAUGAAGUACGACAACCGCAGCGAGUUUGAGCAGAUGACCAUCCUGUACGACAUCUGGAACUCGGGCCUGGACGGCGAGGACUUGAUGCUGCUGAGGAAGACGUACGAGAAGCUGCUGCAGGACAACCACUCAUCCGACUGGCUCAACGACACCCACUGGGUCCAACACACUGUGACCAACUUGCCAAACCCUCGGCGUAAGAAGAGGAACGCGGACGGGCAGCUUCGACAGCACGUGACUGGUUCUGCCAGGAGCGAGGGCUACUACGCCAUCAGCCGCAAGGAGAAGGAUGUAUACCUUGAUCUGGACCUUCCCGAGCAGGUCAUUCGGGAGGUCGAGAACGUCGACAGCACGGGCACCAACCGGGCACUGUCUGAGAGGCGCUCUGAGCAGCGACGCCUCCUCACCGUCAUCGGCACGCCGGCCGUCAUGGACUCUGACCUGCUCAAGCUCAACCAGCUCAAGUUCCGAAAGAAGAAGCUUCGAUUUGGCCGCAGCAGGAUCCACGAGUGGGGCCUGUUCGCCAUGGAGGCCAUUGCCGCUGACGAGAUGGUCAUCGAGUAUGUGGGUCAGAACAUUAGACAGAUGGUGGCAGACAAUCGUGAGAAGCGGUACGCUCAGCAGGGCAUCGGGAGCAGCUACCUGUUCCGAGUGGACCACGACACCAUCAUAGACGCCACCAAGUGUGGCAACCUGGCCCGCUUCAUCAACCACUGCUGCACUCCCAACUGUUACGCCAAGGUGAUCACCAUCGAGUCCCAGAAGAAGAUCGUCAUUUACUCCAAGCAGGCCAUCGCCGUCAACGAGGAGAUCACGUACGACUACAAGUUCCCCCUGGAGGAGAACAAGAUCCCCUGCCUGUGCGGCACCGAGAACUGCCGCGGCACGCUCAACUAACCUGCCGCACUCCAGUCGGCGGCGCUCGGCUCCCCAAAGGUCCACACAGAAACACGAUGACGCACAGAUUUGAAAUCAGGGUUUUUAAAUCAAAAUGGAGAAAAAAACAAAAGCGCUUGUGUCGGGCGCACUUUUAAUCUGACAGUUUGGUCUUUUGUUAAAAUGCCAGCUUGAAGCGAUCAUAUAAUCUUACUGUUAUUAUCAUUAUUAUUUCUUGUGUUGCUUGAGUGACACAAGCUUCAGUUUUAAUGAUCACACCUUCAGCUUUUGUCUGCAGCUUCACACAUUACGGCACAAUUGGAUUAUUUUUGUCAUUUCAGUUUUCAAACGUUAUGUGCUCCUUCCUCCCCGCGUUUGUGGUCGUCUUUGGUGGCCAAGUGUCCCUUUUCUCUCGGUGUCGUCGUCUCGUCGCCUCGCGGCCAACAAGUACAGCGUUCAAACAAAAUACGGUGCAAAGGAGUUCAGGUCAGAUAAAGAGACGGCACAGUGGCGCAGCGGUUAGCACGAUCAAAGGUUUGAUUCUCCAUUUGGAGUUUGCGUCUUCUCCUCGUGCGUUUGUGGCUUUUCCUUCCAUAUCCCCAAAAACAUGCAUGUUAAGUGAAAAUCAGUGCUUCUCAAAUAGUGGGGCAGGGCCCCAUUGGAGUGGGCGUGAGAGGCAACAGACCACACUUCAGCGGGGGGGCGUGAAAAAAUUAUUUCCCUAGAAAAUUUAAUUGGGCAAAGUUCCAAACAACCCCUUCAAUGCAGUGCUUCUUUAAAUAAUUAAGUUAAAGUACCCAUGAUUGUCACACACACUAUGUGUGGCGAAAUUAUUCUCUGCAUUUGACCCCUUGAUCACCCCCCUGUGAGGUGAGGGCAGCAGUGAGCAGCAGCGGUGGCCGCGCCCGGGAAUAAUUUUUGGUGAUGGGGCGGGCCCAACUGCGUGGAGUGUCGUGGAAAAGGGGCAGGGGGUGAGAGGCAAUGGGCGUAAUAGCAUUUUUAGUGGUAAUAACUAAUUUGACUCAUAUAAAUAGAAAAAGAAACAUUAACUUUGGGGUACGAGGGCGUAAAAAAAUUAACUGAGCUUGUUCCAAACAAAUUCUUCUAUGCAGUGCUGCCUAAAUUGUGGGUGGGGCCCCCGGUGUGAAGCAAUAGACACAUUAAAAAUUCACAUGAGUGGGGGGGUGAAAAAAGCAUCUCCCUAGAAAAUGUAAUUGAGCAAGUUCCAAACAACCCCUUCAAUGCAGUGCUUCUUAAAUAAUGGGGCUGGCCCUCCUAAGUGGAGUGUCGGGGGGGAAAGGGGCCGCGAGAGGCAAUGGGCCUAAUAGCAUCUUUACUGUUAACUAUUUUGACACAUAUAGAUAGAAAAAUAAACAUUAACUUUGGGGAAAGGGGGCGUGAAAAAAAAUUCAUUUUUUUAAAAUAAAUUUAACUGAGCUCGUUCCAAACAGCCCCUUAAAUGCGGUGCUGCUUAAAUUGUGGGCGGGGCCCCCGGUGUGAGGUGUCGGAAGAAAGGGGGCGUCUGAGGCAAUAGACACAAACAUUCACUUGAGCAGGGGCCGUGAAAAAAUAAUAUCCCUAGAAAGAGAGCGUGAAAGGCAAUAGGGUAAUAGCAUAUUUCGUGUUAGUCAAUAACUAUUUUGACACAUACAGUUAGAAAAACAAACACUGACUUGAGAGGUCGGUUGGCGUGAACAUUUUUUUUGUAACUGUAAGUACAAAUUAGCCCCUUUAAUGCAGUGCUUCCUAAAUAGUGGGGCGGGCCCCCCUGCGUGAGGUGUUGGGCGUAAGAGCAUCUUUUGUGUUAAUCAGUAAAUAUUUUGAUACAUUCGGAUAAGAAAAUAAACAUUAACUUUGGGGGUGGGGAGCUGAAAAAUGGAAAUGUAGUUUCCAAAUUCUGUAAUAGUGGGUCAGGCCCCCCUGUGUGAGGUGUCUGGUCAAACGGGGCGUGAGAGGCAAUGACUUAACAGCAUCUUUAGUGUUAAACAAUAAAUAUUUUGUAACAUACAGAUAAGAAAAUAAACAUUAACUUUAGGGGGGCAUGGACAUUUUUUUGUCUCCUAGAAAAAUGUAACUAAGUGCCAAACUGGCCCUAAUGCAGUGCUUCUUUAAUAGUGGGCCUGGCCCCCCUGCGUGAGGUGUCAGGGCAAAAGGGGCGUGAGAGGAAUUGGUGUAAUAGCAAACAAUAAACAGUCACUGUAGGGGAGCAUGACAAAAAUGAUGUCUCCUAUAAAAUUUACCUGAGCAAGUUCCAAUUAGCCUCUUUAAUGCAGUGCUUCUUAAAUAUUGGGGCGCCCCCCCUUGCUUGAGAUGUUGAGGGAAAGGGGGCGUGAGAGGCAUUGGUGUAAUAGCAAACAAUAAACAGUCACUUUAGGGGAGCAUGACAAAAAUGAUCUCCCCUAUAAAAUUUACCUGAGCAAGUUCCAAUUAGUUUCUUUAAUGCAGUGCUUCUUAAAUAUUGGGGCGCCCCCCCUUGCUUGAGAUGUUGAGGGAAAGGGGGCGUGAGAGGCAAUGACAUAAUAGCAUCUUUAGUGU